AUGACAUCCUUACUUAAUGCUGGUAUGAAAAAGAUUAACGAUUUAAAUACCCAUUACUAUUCUUUAUCAUCUAAAGAAUUAAGUGAUUUGGGUUUGAUUAACCGUUUGAAGACUUACAAUUGGAGUUUUGAACUGGUUUCCAUAGCUUUAAUUGUUCUUAUGUACAUUGUUUAUAAAUUGGGUUCCAAUACAAAUUUGAAAACAGCAAACAAAAUAUUCAAAACUCUAAACAACUAUUUGUCAAAUAAUUUUGCUCGUGUUGGGUUUAAUGAUAAAAAAAAUGGUGAGAAUAAGAAGUUGAAAUAUUUAUCAGAAAAUAUGGACACUAGUUUUACUGGUUACGCAUCUGGUAGAUAUUAUAUUGAAAGUUGUAUUAUUAAAUUGCAUAUGAGCGCUAGAUUCAAUCCAUUAGGCUCAUUGGUAGAAAGUCUCUUGAGGUAUGCUUUACCAAGCUUAUUCAUGGAUAAUAGUCCAGAAUCCUUGGAACUUAUCAUCACCCCAAAUAACGUUUCCUUGACUUCCAAGAAUCAAACAGCUACCACUGCCGAACCUUUGCCCCCCAAAUUCAAGUUUAUCUCUGCAAUUGUUUCCAAGAAUUGUAUGUCCAAAUCACGUGAUGACAACUAUUUCUUGUCAUUAACACAGACCACCGAAUCUCCAACUUUGCCAGUUGAAUUUGUUUACAUGUCCGAAGCGAAUCAAUUGAAUCCAAUGUUUAACAAAUUGGGUAAAGGUGACUUGCCAAAUUUGUUGAGAAAAUCUAAAUGGUUUUUAAAUUACAUUGCAUUUACUGACUUGCCAAAGGAUAAACCAACAAAUGAAAAGGAAUGGGAAACAGGCUUAUCUCCACGUUGCGUUAUUUCUUGCAGAGUCACUAGUAAAGCACAAGAUUUAGAAUUAUUGACAAAGCUCAUCAAUUAUGUUUUUAGUGUGUACGAAUCCAUUACUGACAGCCCAGAAACUUCAUUGAUUUUGAGUACUGAUGUUUUGAAAAAAGUCGCACAUACCCGUACUAACGAACUGAACAAGAUCAAGAAGGCCACCAAACAAUUGGAAUUGGAUCUAGCUAGAGAGAAAAAACAAAAGGAGUUAAAGGAACAGAAACGUAAAGAGGGUAAAAGUAGUGCUGACAUUGAUUUUGAGAUGGAAGCCAAGAGAGAAAGAAGAAGAAGAAAUAAACAAAAAUUAAGAGGUUAA